CUUGUUUGUUCAACACUAGCAAGAGGGCGGUGGCGGUUGUCUUUCAGUUCAUAGGACUUAAGCUCCUUGAAGACUGAGAAGAGGAUUCAAGUAUAUACUUUCAAUCUUAAUACCCGAGUGUUUGGAAACCACAACACUCCGCUUCUAGAUCCAGUUCCGCCCUCGUGUUUGUGCUGUGAGGGUGAUGUCAGUAGCCCAUCUUGUGCGCCUGGCCAGGUGCAGCGGUCCCCAUGUUGGUCGCAGUGGUCUUUUACAGAAAGCUCUUGUUCCACUGCCAUCCCAGCAAGACAGCCACCCAGAGUUAACAGUCAUCCGCAGACAACUUUAUGGACCCUCGGGGACACGGUACAGCAACACACGCUUUGACCCAGACAGCAGUGGCCGCCCUACUACUUGGGAUUCAUUUGGUAUCUGGGAUGAUCGCAUUGAUGAGCCCAUCCUUCUGCCCCCCAGCAUACGUUAUGGCAAGCCUAUCCCUAAAGUUAGUUUAUCGAAAGUAGGCUGUGCCUCCCUCAUAGGUCAGCGCAAAGAGAAUGAAGACCGCUUUCAAGUCUCCCAAAUAACAGGCAAUAUCCUCUAUUUUGCUGUUUUUGAUGGGCAUGGUGGACCAGAGGCUGCUGACUUCUGUGAAAAAUACAUGGACAAAUUUAUCAAGGACCUUCUGGCAGAUGAAGACAAUCUGGAAUUGGUUUUAACGAAAGCCUUUCUUGAAGUAGACAAAGCUUUUGCAAAGCACUUACACUUCUGUCCAAAUGGACCUGGGUUGAAUGCUGGAACCACUGCCACCGUGGCCCUGCUGAGGGAUGGCAUCGAGUUGGUUGUUGCCAGUGUGGGGGACAGCCGUGCCAUGUUGUGCCAUAAGGGCAAAGCCCUUAAACUGACUGUCGACCACACCCCUGAGAGGAAGGAUGAGAAAGACAGAAUAAAGAAGAGUGGAGGUUUUAUCACCUGGAAUAGUCUGGGACAGCCAAACGUCAACGGCAGGUUGGCAAUGACGCGCAGUAUUGGAGACUUUGAUCUGAAGAAGAUGGGAGUCAUUGCUGAACCUGAGACCAAAAGAAUAAUGCUACUUCAUGUCCACGACUCAUUCCUGGCACUGACCACAGAUGGAAUUAACUUCAUUAUGAACAGCCAAGAAAUCUGCAAUGUCAUCAACCAGUGCCAUGACCCCAAAGAGGCAGCUCAGAGAAUAUCUGACCAGGCUCUUCAUUAUGGUUCAGAGGACAACAGCACAAUCAUUGUGGUGCCGUUUGGCGCUUGGGGAAGACACAAGAGCUCAGAACCAAGUUUCUCCUUCAGCAGAAGUUUUGUGUCCAGUGGCCGCUGGGCCUAGACAGUGAGAUGCUGGAUCAAAAACGUGCAGUCUGCGGACACAUUUAAAGCGUGCAAUACAGUUGGUGCCCUUGAAUAGACCAUGAUACCUAAUGGGUAUAACAUGUCUAGAGCAGCAUGAAAUUUGUGAUGUUAGCUUAAAAAAAAAGCAAGAGAAGAAAAAAAAAAACCUCUUUAUAGAAGGUUUAAUCAACUAGAAAGCCAAUGACCUCAAAGGUGCUUAAAGCUGAGAAAUGUUUUAAUGGCAGGGAGGAGUUCAUGAUAACAUGUAAGCUUGGCAAAUGUGUUGCCUGCUUUGCCGUUUGACUGGUAUUCUGACUGCCUGCCAUUCAAAUAUUUUUUUAGCUGCUGAUAACACCCAAAUAUAUAUUUUUAUUAUUUUCAUUAUAUUUCUAUUAUAUGUUGGGGUUUUUCUCCCUUGAGGUUAACCUGAAAUCCAGAUAUCACUAAUAUCGAGUCUGCAGUCUUUUUUGUCUUUUUGUUCUGUUCUGUUUUGUUUUUGUUUUUUUUGGACAACUUAACAUUAAGCAAGUACAUGCAUAAAGGAAAAUGGGGAUAUACAGCACUUGAAUUUGAAUACUUGAUAACCAUUUGAAUUAAUUCUACCCUGUGUCUAGGCAUGCAGGGUGUGUGUAUGUAUGUAUAUAUAUAUACAUACAUACAUACAUACAUAUACAUAUAAAGAAAAACUUAAAGUAAGUUCUAUUUUAGGUACCAUGAAUUAAAAAAAGUCAUUGAGUGAGUCUCAAAAACUGUCAGUUCUGGAGUCUCAAAGCUUCUAUUUUUUUUUUAUAUAAGAGUUGCUCUUAUAAAUUUAUGUCCCUGACUUCCUCACAAACAACUGCAACACUUAUCUUUCUUUGUACCAAAGCACCAGUAAAAACUUUGAUGCCCUUUUUGCACAAAUUGAAGGUUAGGAGGAAAUUUAUGUUUGCAAAACCUUGAAAGUGAUGUAGUGUAUUGAAGCUGUCAAAACAGAAUUUCAGUGGCUGAACUGGACGUUUAUAUAAAAACUACAUGGUCAUAAGCCUUGUAAGUCAAGUAUCACUCUAGGUUGUGUAAGUAUUAAUGUCUGUACUGAUCUGAAAUGCAUCUUGUGAGGGCAGAAAGAAGUGUUUAGGGUAUGGAAAUGUACAGAGUAUAUUUUGUAAAUAGUUGUAUUUAUAUAUUUCUGUAAAAGUCAUAGUUCUAUUUGUUUAACACCUUGGCAAAAUCCCUCAUAUCUGAAUGUCCUACACAUGCCUUUGCAUUGGUGGUUGUGUUGUGUAGAGCUACAUAAUUUUUAACAAGAACUCGACUAUAAUAUGUAAAUCCUUGUUUCUACCUUUUAACGUAGCACCACAGAGUUCAGCCUGGAGCCGUGUAUGACAGAGCUAAUGUUUGUUUAAAUGAUUAAAAAAAAAAAAAACAAUCAAAAUAGCAAUAUUUAAGCUGUAUAA